AUGGGAUAUACCUUUUCCAUUGUUGCAGCUUGCAGAGUCAUCGAUUCUCUCAGCUGCAUACCACUGAUAAAGUCUGUAAAAGUAGAGGUUUUUUUUAGUGGUCCACGUGUCAUUAAGAGAAAAUCGAAAAACAAUCAGAAGAUAAGAUCCAACUAUCAGAAGAGAAAAUCCAACGAUUCCAAAAACCUGAGAGAAUCGAUGACUCUGCAAGCUGCAACAAUGGAAAAGAUACAGCUGGAUACUGCUGAUAAAUUGGUUAGAUUAGGCGGGAAAGUCUAA